GGCUAAUCUAGUGAUAGUCCAGGAGCUGGGUGACAGGGCAGCUCAAGGACGCGCCUGUGGUAACCUUGGCAACACUCACUAUCUCCUGGGAAACUUCAGUCAGGCAAUCAUCUACCAUCAGGAGAGGUUAGCAAUAGCCCGUGAGUUUGGUGACAAGGCUGCCGAGAGACGGGCCUACAGUAACCUAGGCAAUGCCCACAUAUUCCUGGGAGAGUUUGAAGUAGCUGCUGAACACUAUAGAUUGAAGAUGAGACAGGUCAGGUGACUGCCCAGAUGAACCUUGCUGACCUCAAGUCAGUGCUGGGCAUCAAAGUGGGGCCAGAGGAAGGUCACAGGCCCAGCCCCUUGGACCAUCUGGAUGUUGGAAUGUACCGACGUACAGGCGUCUCCCGGCGACACAGCAUAGAACAGAUGGAGUUGAUGAAGCUCACACCGGACAAGAAAGGAAAGACAAUCCCAGUACAUGGCAGGGCUAGGCCUAAGAUACCCAAGGUGCAGAAAUCCAUGACAGUAGCCACAUCAGAAACAAUCAUAGCCAAAAAUCAGGCACCUAUGGUUGAGAAGCUGUCCCCUGAACAUGAUGGUUUCUUUGACCUGCUGAGCAAGUUCCAAGGUCGCCGUAUCGACGAGCAGCGGUGCAGCCUCGAGUUGCCUGGGGAGAAAAAUGGACUCCUGGAGUCAGAAAACAAGGAGAACAAACCCAAACUGGUGUCAACUCCAGACAGCGAGAACUUUCUGGACAUGGUGGCAGGCAUUCAGGGGUCACGCAUGAACGACCAGCGAGCCUCACUACCGCAGCUUCCCGGUCUCAACUCCUAGGCAGUUAUUAACCAAAAACUCCGCGAGAGAAACGUUAACGACGUACCAGACGACAGCUUCUUUGAAAUGCUCAUGCGUUGUCAGGGUUCCCGUAUUGAUGAUCAACGCAGUGCCCUACCACACAACCGCCCCGCCCCAACCGUCCCAGACGAAGAUUUCUUCGGGCUGAUCCAGAAGGUCCAGUCUAGCUGUCUGGAGGAGCAGAGAACCAGUCUACCCGAUAAGGAUGAAAUCUCGCCUCCCCAACAGGCCUCCGUGAAGAAGAAAAAGAAAAAAUGACUAGUCUAGUUUGAGUCCCAUAUGAGCGAGCAAGGAAUCAGGGGAUUAGGCUUUAAACUGGAUCAGCUUUUUAGAUGUUUUUAGAUGAAAUACUUGCGCUGAACCCUUGGAAUAUAAACUGCGUAUUUAGAUCAGAUAGUCUUGCGCUGAACCCUUGGAAUACAAACUGCGUAUGUAGAUGAGAUAAUCUUGCGCUGAACCCUUGGAAUAUAAACUGCGUAUUUAGAUGAGAUAAUCUUGCGCUGAACCCUUGGAAUACAAACUGCGUAUUUAGAUGAGAUAAUCUUGUGCUGAACCCUUGGAAUAUAAACUUCUACUGGCUGGAAUUGAGGGUUUUGUGCAAAAUUGUAUCAGAUAUUUAAUGUAUCAGUUAUAAUAAAAGUUUUGCUCUGAAAUUCUGUGAGAUAUUGACUGCUACUGGUCAGAAGUUCUGCAUGGAGAUAUUGAGAUUGGACGAACGGAAUGAUUUGGUCCAUGGGACUCUGACUUGAAAGCCUUUGUGUGUUCACUAGAUAGGCUGCUAAAUAUUGCUAUUGCUGAUAUUUCUUCUACACAAUCUGUCCAUUAACAUUCUAUCUGAUUGUGAGUACCUCCAUUCUACAAAACGGUUCUACUGAUGGAAGUUGUUGUGGAGUUUCAACAUUUUUCAUAGAUCUCAAUUUCGCACUGCAAAUCCCUUUUCAGACUCAUGUUGAUUGAUGACUCAUGAAGACUUCAAUUUGAAUAUGGAAAUCACAUAGAAUACACGCUGCUUUUAAUAAGUUUAAUAUGUUGGUAAAGUUUGUGUUAGAAUUUCACUUGGAAAUUCAAAUGUUUCUUAGUUUGUAUGCCCCCCUUUGAAGAAGAGGGGGUAUAUUGUUUUGCCCAUGUCGGUCGGUCGGUCCGUACGUCCGUCGGUCCGUCCACCAGAUGGUUUCCGGAUGAUAAGUCAAGAAGGCUUAGGUCUAGGAUCAUGAAACUUCAUACAUAGAUUGAUCAUGACUAGCAGAUGACCCCUAUUGAUUUUCAGGUCACUAGGUCAAAGGUCAAGGUCACAGUGACUCGAAAUAGUAAAAUGGUUUCCGGAUGAUAACUCAAGAAUGCUAAGGUCUAGGAUCAUGAAACUUUAUAGGUACAUUGAUCAUGACUAGCAGAUGACCUCUAUUGAUUUUCAGGUCACUUGGUCAAAGGUCAAGGUCAAAGUGAUUCUAAACAGUAAAAUGGUUUACGGAUGAUAACUCAAGAAUGCUUACGCCUAGUUUUGUUUUGUUUUUUCUCUUUUGUAUCCUUUAUAUGUAAAAUGAAACAGGGGUUUGCUCAAAAGAAGCCCUUUUGUAUUUAUUGUUUUAUAUCUAACUUUCCCAUAAAACAAUUGAAAUUAGCUUUUAAUCAAUUGCAGAGUAAGUAUCGUAACAAUUAUUGUAGUAAUUGUUACAAUAUAAUAACAGUGUUUUCAAGAACUAAUGUAGGUCUGUGUUAGGUUAUUAUUUAUGCCCCCCCUUCGAAGAAGAGGGGGUAUAUUGUUUUGCACAUGUCGGUCUGUCUGUCUGUAUGUAUGUAUGUAUGUCCGUCCAUCAGAUGGUUUCCGGAUUAUAACUCAAGAACACAUAAGUCUAGGAUCAUGAAACUUCAUAAGUAGAUUGAUCAUGACUCGCACAUGACCCCUAUUGAUUUUGAGGUCACUAGGUCAAUGUCACGGUGACCCGAAAUUAUAGUAAAAUGGUUUCCGGAUGAUUACUCAAGAACGCAUACGCCUAGGAUCAUGAAACCUCAUCGUUAGAUAGAGAAUGACUCGCAGAUGACCCCUAUUGAUUUUGAGGUCACUAGGACAAAGGUCACGGUGACCUCAAAAUGGUUUUCGGAUGAUACUCAAGAACGCUUACGCCUAGGAUCAUGAAACUUCAUAGGUACAUUGAUCAUGACUCGCAGAUGACCCAUAUUGAUUUUCAGGUCACUAGGUCAAAGGUCAAGGUCACGGUGACCCGAAACAGUAAAAUUGUUUCCGGAUGAUAACUCAAGAAGGCUUUUGCCUAGGAUCAUGACACUUCAUAGGUACAUUGAUCAUGACUCGCAGAUGACCCCUAUUGAUUUUGAGGUCUCUAGGUCAAAGGUCAAGGUCACAGUGACAUAAAACGUAUUCACACAAUGGCUGCCACUACAACGGACAACCCA